GCACGAGUUGCGCGAGGAGAAAAGCAACGACCUCCUUGCGUCAGCAAUGCUGCACUCUGCGUGUCUGAUUGUCUCUAGGCCGUGGGUAAAAACGCGCUCUCACGCCAUCCACUGCUACGGGUUUCCCUGUCUGAACUUGAAUGGCCCUUCCUUCGCCGCCUCCCUCUUCUGCUUUUCCGUUUGGCUGCUGUGGUGAUACCGCUCUGGCAAUGGAACUUGAGACUGUGAACGUAGCCGAUGUGAUUAGUGGAGUCCGCGAAAUAUGCUUAAGUUAGAAAGUAAUGCCCCAGGAUGCUAAGCGGACGGGCACAGCUUCAUUGUUCGGAGGAGCACGAGUGUUCCUCGCUUUCAUUCUCCGGCUCAUCCCGUGCUGCUUUGUCUUUAAGUUACCGCAAGAGGCAGGCGGUGCCCAGUCCCGCACCCCUCGGCUGCAGGCAGACCCAGUCACCAUGAGCCUGCACGGUGCGAGCGCAGGCGCCGACCGCUCCAGAGACCGCCGGCGCUCCAGCGACCGCUCCAGAGACUCCUCCCACGAGCGGGGCGAGGGCCAGCUGACCCCCUGCAUCAGGAACCUCACCUCCCCCACCCGCCAGCACCACAGCGAGCGCGAGCGGGAGCCCAGCAGUCCCCGGCCCCAGCGGGCGUGGCCCAGCGGCUCGUGCGGCUCCAGCAGCAGCGGGGUGUCCAGCAGCCGCACCAGCAGCCUGUCCAGCAGCGAGGGCACCUGCAAGGCCCUGACCGUGGGGGAGAUGGUGUUCGUCUACGAGGGCGCCAAGGAGGGCGCGCGCAGCCUCAGGACCGCGGAGAGGGUGACACUCAUCGUGGACAACACCCGCUUCAUAGUGGACCCCUCCAUCUUCACCGCGCAGCCCAACACCAUGCUGGGCAGAAUGUUUGGGUCUGGAAGGGAGCAUAAUUUCACACGGCCCAAUGAGAAAGGAGAAUUCGAGGUGGCAGAGGGAAUCAGCUCUACAGUCUUCAGAGCCAUCCUGGAUUACUACAAAUCUGGGAUAAUCCGCUGUCCUGAUGGCAUCUCCAUUCCGGAGCUGAGAGAGGCGUGUGACUAUCUGUGCAUCUCCUUUGACUACAGCACCAUCAAGUGCAGAGACCUCAGCGCGCUGAUGCACGAGCUGUCUAACGACGGGGCGCGGCGGCAGUUUGAGUUCUACCUGGAGGAGAUGAUCCUGCCGCUGAUGGUGGCCAGCGCGCAGAGCGGGGAGAGGGAGUGCCACAUCGUGGUGCUGACGGACGACGACGUGGUGGACUGGGACGAGGAGUACCCCCCGCAGAUGGGAGAGGAGUACUCACAGAUUAUAUACAGCACAAAGUUAUACCGUUUCUUCAAGUACAUAGAAAAUCGAGAUGUUGCCAAAUCGGUUUUAAAGGACAGGGGUUUGAAGAAAAUCAGGUUAGGUAUUGAAGGCUACCCCACGUACAAGGAGAAGGUGAAGAAGCGUCCGGGCGGGCGGCCGGAGGUCAUCUACAACUACGUGCAGCGGCCCUUCAUCCGCAUGUCCUGGGAGAAGGAGGAGGGCAAGAGCCGGCACGUGGACUUCCAGUGCGUGAAGAGCAAGUCCAUCACCAACCUGGCGGCCGCGGCCGCGGACAUCCCUCAGGACCAGCUGGUGGUGCUGCACCCGGGGCCCCAGGUGGACGAGCUGGACAUCCUGCCCAACCACCCUCCGCCCGGCCACAGCUGCCACGGCAACGAGCCCGACCCGGACUCCCCGUCCCCAGCCGUCUGAGACCAGGUCACCCCCCCCCCACACCGUCCCCCACAGCAUGCUGCAUCUAGGAGCGAGAGUGGCCCUGCCACCGCAUUGCCUUGGCCCCCUCCUCCUGCCUUACAGCCACAGAGACCCAGAACCUGGCCUGCUGUAACCACCUGGAAGACCUGGCCUACUGUAAUAGCCUCAAGGGCCUGGUCUACUUCAAACCCAUCUGAAGGACCAUCUGGUCUUCUGUGCCCACCUGAAAGGUCUGCUUUACUGUGACCGUCUGAAGAGUCUGGCCUGGUCUGGCCUGGCCUGGUCUGGUCUGGCCUGGUCUGGCCUGGUCUGGCCUGGUCUGGUCUGGCCUGGUCUGGUCUGGCCUGGUCUGGCCUGAUCUGGUCUGGCCUGGCCUGAAGGGGGAUGCAGGACACUGGCAAGGGUGGACACGCCCCCUUCUUUCCUUUAACUUUUUUGUUUGUUUUUUUACUUAACCAAAGGAAAUUUAUUUUUUAUCAGGUAUUUGAUGAAUUUUAGGGAAGUCACCUCUUUUUGAAAUUGUGCAUAUUGUUAUUGUUGUUAUUAUUAUUAUUACUACUAUUACCAUAUUGUUUGUCAUUUGAUGAGUUUGGGUUGUUGCACUGUGUAGUGCCACUGUAAUUGUUUUGCUCUCACUCUGAAGCACGCCCGGUCUGUGCCGACGGCGCUUUCCCCGGCCGUGUUCACCGGACCGCUGUAGAUCCUCUCGCCUCCACCCGUUUCGUUCAACGCUUGAGAACCGUUAUUUUAAUAAAGGUUUUGAAAUGUCAA